CUUUGUACGUGUCGGAGGCGGAGCCGCAGAAGGCCCUAGCAGCAUGGCAGCUGGCGCAGCGGCCGCCUUGACGUUUUUGGAUCAGGAGAGCCGAGUCCGAGCUGGGGGGGUCGGCAGUCUGCAAGUCCCGGCCCCGGUCACUAUGGACAGUUUCUUUUUCGGCUGUGAGCUCUCAGGCCACACCCGCUCUUUCACCUUCAAGGUAGAGGAAGAGGAUGACGCGGAGCAUGUGCUGGCUUUGACCAUGCUCUGCCUCACCGAGGGGGCCAAAGAUGAGUGUAAUGUGGUAGAAGUCGUGGCACGGAACCAUGACCACCAGGAGAUCGCAGUCCCUGUGGCCAACCUCAAGUUGUCCUGCCAACCGAUGCUCAGUUUGGAUGACUUCCAGCUCCAACCACCUGUAACCUUCCGCCUGAAGUCAGGUUCUGGCCCUGUGCGCAUCACUGGGCGGCACCAGAUUGUUACUAUAAGCAAUGAUCUUUCUGAGGAAGAGAGUGAAGAAGAUGGGAGUGAGGAGCAGGAAGCUGAGUUAUGUCCUAUCCUGCCUGCCAAGAAGCUGGGGCGCAGGCUCUAACACUCCCUGGUCAGCUAGCUGCCUGCCACAUGCACCAGGUUCCUGGACAAGUUUCAAGAACUUUGUAUCUUCUCCAUUGAAGAGGGUUGGGGGUGGGGGUCUUGGUCUGGUGCAUGGAGAACGGGUGUCCCAUUCUCCAAAGGACCCUGGUGUUCUAAUCCUGUACUUCACCCCGAGCUUCCCUUUUCUCCAGGAGUGGGAGGAACUCUGAACUUCUAUCCUGACCUUCUCUCCCCACUUGCCUGUGAGGUUGGAGGUCAGCAUCUGAAGCUCAGGACUACACAUUUUUAAUAUUUUUUACAUUUUUGGAUAAAGGUUGAAAUAAAAUGUGGAUGAGGGGUUUUUUGCA